AGUGCCAAACCAAUGUAUGGCCGUUACGCAUCUUGUUAUUCUAGUGUCUUUGGUUCCACACACCUCAUCAAAAUGGGGGGCGGAACUUGCUAACCGAACUCUAGUAGAAAUGGCUAGAAGUAUGAUUCUGCAUGCUGCAGAGCAUGCUGCUCUGCAUAUCUACGCAAUCGCGCCGAGACGUCUACUUUACCAGGAAUGACUUUAUUUGAAUCAUGGACAGGGAAGAGUGUCAAGUGUCACACUUGAAGGGUUUUGGGUCUAAAACUGUCGUGCUGGACAAAACCCAGAAAAAGAAGUUCGCUCCAAGAGGCCAGGAGCAUGUUUUGGUAGGAUACUCUUAAAUUUCGAAAGCUCAUCGUUUGUAUAAUCCUAGCAAGCGAAACGUCUGUGUGGGUCGGGACGUCAUUGUAUUUGAGAAUGACCAUGAUGACUGUGCUCGGAUCGAACAAGAUUCUGGUACUUCCAACGUUCAACUUGAGAAGCUUAAAGCCAUUCCAGUUGUCUACUGACCAAGACGAUGAUGCACCUGUCGGCGAGAACCUUUAUGAAGAAGGAGACGAGCUUUCUUUUGAUGGGCUUUCUUCCGAAUCAGCUGAAUGGAGAGGUCGUGGGUGACCAAAGAAUGUGUACACUGGCUUACCCGGACGACCACAAGGAGAUGGAGAGUCUUCAAGCCAAUGCAACCUGGACGUUGGUGGAUCUCUCAGAGGGUCAGAAAGCUAUCGGAUCGAAAUGGGUGUUUGCAGUGAAGCGUGACAAGACGGGCCAAGUAGAGCGGCUAAAAUCUCGACUAGUUGCUUAGGGAUGCGCUCAGCGAUAUGGCGUUAAUUUUACGGAGACGUUCUCUCCUAUGGCACGUUAUUCGUCUAUCAAGCUUGUCAUUGCUCUGGCAUUUGAGAAUAGUUUGUACAUGCACCAAAUGGACGUAUCGUCUGCCUACGUAUCGUCUGCUUAUUCGAGCAGGGAUGAAC